AAGCUCCUCACCAUUCAUCCAUCCUCCUGAAGGUCUCCCCUCCUCCUCACCUGACCCUGCCACCCAGACGAAAGAGUAGAAGAGGUCCAGCUGCUGGUGAUGAAGAUGAUCCUGUGGGUUGCCCUGCUCACUGCUCACUGUUGCUCGGGUCUGAAUGGAGCUGCAGCAGAAAGCACAGGACUGGAGAGGAUUGAAAAAUGCGGCACCGGGUGUUCUCAGGGCCUUCACUGCAAAGCCAAGCAAGACCAUUGGUUUCAGCCUCCGUGCCAGGAGGCUCCUGGGGGUCUCAACACAUCCUCCGUGUUCCACAACAUCAGCUUCUCCACAGUCAUGAGGUGUGAGGGCAGGCAGAAGUGCUCACUGCAGCUCCGGAUCAGAACUGCAUUACAACUCACAGAGUCCAUCCAUGGUGUGUCAAUGUGCACUGUCACUGCAGGGAUGAUGAUGAGCUGCAGAAUCCUCAGCUUCAGCAGAUCGUCGAGGAAGAGGAUGUCUGGGCUGCAGGUGGAAGUUGAAAACGACUGCACAGUUUUUUCUCCGAACCAAAAAGUUCAAGUUAUGGUGAAAACUGUGCCGAGCUACUGUGGCAUAACCUGGACUGACACCUACAAUGCUCCAGCAUGCACCAGUGAAGAUAUGAGAAGACAUGUCCCUGAAUGCAUCACUGGCAGGCUAUCAUAUGACGUUAACCCCGUGAAGAAGGAGCUCAGAGCCAGUGUUUCAGAAAUGCUAGAAGAUCACGACUACAACCUUCGUCUGUGCUACAAGGAUUUCAUCUGCUCUGACACAGGGACAAAAGCACUGAUAAAGAAGGAGGAACCUGUGAAGAGCGUCACCCUCCCGUACUCCCGACCUUUGCCCUGCCUCUGCAUCGAGGGGUGGUCAGCGGUGAUGGAUGCCCCCAGAGUCCAGGUCUGCCCAUUCAAAGACCGUCUCCAGGAACUGUGGUUUGGAAUUACCUUUGACCCACUAGAGGAGACGCUGUCCUGGGAGCUUGUCUGCCCAGUCGCCACUGUUGUAACAUUGUGUCAAACAAGAGAGGACGGCGUGUGUGUAGACCUGCCCCAUGCCUCCCGUAAUGUUAGCAGAGGAAAGAUAAGUUUUAAUGAAGUGGACCCACACCCUCAACUGUGCAUAAAGUUUACUGUCGGCUCUCAGUUCUGGACCAGGUGCCCCUUUGCUGAUGGAAGACUCCAAGCAUGGCAUGUGGAUGUGACCAGACGGCAGGACCAUGAAGAAGUGGCAAUGACGUCAAGGGUCAAUGCAACAUUUGGUUUGUGUGUGAAGUCUGCCAGGGCUGCUGAGUGCCAGAUCAACAAAACACACACAGUGCAUGUGGGUCAAAAUGAAGACGUCGGUUUGAACCUGAAAGAAGAACUAUGCAGCUUUUGUGUCCAGGUGAGGAGGCUGGAUGUGAAGUACUCUGCCACCGUCAUUCACUGUGUUGAGCAAUGCAACCAGUCCGCACAUCUCAGACCCGUCGUCGCUGCGGGAACCUCCAGGGACUUGAUCUGGGUCCUUGUGCCAGUCGGAGUUUGCCUCUCUGGCAUCAUCACCGUAACUCUGCUGCUCCAUGUGCUGCUGACUGUGUAUCAGAAGAGGAGGAAACAAAGAGGAAAUGAAAAGCAAAAACAUCCUCCUCACGCCUGUGUGGUCCCUGCAUUACAAACUCAUCCCCACGGAGGGAUCCUCAUACCUGAUUCUCCGCUGUGUGGGAACACGGAGAAGGCCAACUUACUCUCAGAAUAACCAGCUCACAAACAACUCAUGCAAACUGAAUAAGUUCUCUGUUGAAUGCAAUACUAGCAUCGUGGGACGUAUAUUAAAUAAUCCAAAUAUUAGCCUGUGUCUGUUAGUGUCUAUGUGAUGGUUAUUUUGCUCUUUAGGGUGAAAGUUACAGUGCGUGUUGUCAUGUUUUAAGUUAAAAUGUUCAUUCAGCUUGCAGCUAAACUUUUCUCUUCCUUAUUUAAAUUUAUA